AUGAAAGAGUUAUCUUUCGAAAGUGAGGGGGAAAUUAUUUAUGAAUUCAUAACAUCAAUUGAAAAUGCCAUAAUAAAGUUUAAUAAUUAUAUAAAUAAAAAGAAGACUCAAAAAAAUGUUAUUGAAAAUAAAGAUUUUUUAAAUAAUAUUGUCUGGAAAUAUUUAGAUAAUUUUAUUCCACCAAAAUUAUCUCGUCAUAUGAAGUGUGUACAAAACCGAAAUUUUUACCAACACAUAUUUCUUUGUGCAUUUUAUCAUAUCAUUAUUAAAUACAUAACAUACGAUCCUCUCUUUAUUCUGCAAAGCGUUUUAGAAGAGAGAAGUGAAGAUGCGGGAUGUGAUAAAGGAAACUUAUGCCAGACAGACGAGAUAAAUAUUUCCCAAAAUGGUGUAAAAUGUGUCAAAAAAGAGGAAGAAAAAAACCAGAUAUAUAUUGAAUUAAUUAAAAUUUGUACAGAGAAAAAUAUCGAAUUUAAAGAGAUAAAUAAUAAUUAUUUAAUUCAUAAUUCAACUUAUGAAAAGAUUUGUGAUAUCAUUUAUUCUUUUGGAAUUGUAUGUUAUAUUUAUGAAUUUUACACAUUUUUUAAAAUAAAAAAUAUAAAAAUUUCAAAAAAUGAAAAAUUUUCAUUAAAUUUUUUUAAUUGGAUUUAUGAUAUAAAAUAUAAUAUACUAAAAAAUAUAAAAACUAGUAAUGGAAACAAAACAGAUAGUUAUUUACAAAAUGAAGAAACAAUUAAAAAUAAAUUAACUUAUAGUUAUUUUUCAGAGAAUGUAAUGAAAAUUUUUAUGAAUAAAAGUAAUGACACUAAUUGUGAAGUGAUAAAAUAUGACCAAGUCAGAAUUUUACAUUCAGAACAAGUAAAAGAUUAUUUAAAUUUUAUUAAAUAUAAUUUUAUUAAUAUUAGGGAGACUAUAAAUAAAAGUUAUGAAUUGUUUGAGUUAGAAAAUUGUUACAUAGAUAACGAUUUUUUUAAUUAUAUAUUUAUAAAAAAAAAACAAAUCGAAGAAAUAUUCACACUUUCAUGUGAUACAAAAGGUACUAAUCAAUUAUAUAGUAAUGGCAAUAUAAAAGAAACACAAAAUAGUAAAAUAUGUUUCACUGAGCAUUAUAACAUUAUUGACGAUGAGAGUAUUGCUAACGGACUGAUAAAAAAGGAAAUAUCCAUUUCUAAACGAUACGAAUAUGGUGAAAGUUUUGAAAACUCUGAAAAAAAAUGUGCUUCAACUGUAAAUAGUGAAAAUGUAACAAGGAAAUCUAGUUUUGUUGAUAUUGAUAAUAUUAAAAAUGACGAGAACGGGUCAUUUAGCAGUAAAAGUAGUAUUGCUAAUAAGAUGGAAAAUUUUGAGCAUUUUGAAAACGUUGAAAACUUUGAAAACUUUGAAAAUAUAAAACAGCAUUUAGAAAGUUUAUAUGAAAAAAUGAAAAUUUUGAAGACAUCCAAAUUGUAUGUCCCUAUAUACUUAUAUAUAAAUCAUGUGUUUGAUUUUUUUAAUAAUAAUAAUGAUAGUAGCAAUUGUAGUAUUAACAAUCGAAAUGGUAGCAGGAAUCCUAAUCACAAUAGAAGGAAAUAUAAAAAAAUAAAUAAUUUUAAUUUGGAUUUUAAUGAAGAGUUACAAGAGAAUAAUCAAAAAAAUAUUUCAAAUAAUUGUAACAAUAAUAAUGGUGUGCAUAAUGAAAAUAAUUUAAAACAAGUAUUUUAUAUUUUAUUAUAUUUAGGAGAUAUAGCUGAAUUUAUUAUUCAUAAAAAAAAGUCUAUUGAUAAAAAAGAUAUACUUAAUAAUUUAAAAAAAUAUAUAGAUACUGAAUUAUUUAAUUAUAAAAAUAGUUUUGAAAAUGAAGAAAAUAUUAUAAAAGAAGUUAAAAAUAAAAAUGAUAUAGAAUGUAAGGAAUAUCAUAGGAUAUUUUUUAAUCCAGCUAUCGGUUAUGAGCAAGAAUAUAUUUCUAAAAAGAAUGACAAUAUUUCUUGUACUUCUCAAAUUGAUUAUAACACUUUAAAAUAUGAUAUAAAAGAAGAUGUAUCUUCGCAAGAUGGUAGUGUUAGAUCACUAAGUAAUGAUGGUAUUUGUGGACAGGGAGAAAAAAAUAAAAAAGAUAGCACACAUAAUAGUAGCAUACAAAAUAAAGAAAAUGGCACAGAUGAUAGUAGCUUACAAAAUAAUAAUAUAUCAUUAAAAUCGAGGUAUAUUAUUCAAAUUUAUAAUUUUAUAAAUGAAUAUAUAUAUAUGUUCAUAUCAUUUGUCAGUUUAAAUGUUACAAGAAUUGCAAUUUUAUUAAUAGAUAAAUACAAUUUAGUCAUUCCAAAUAAUUAUUUAGAUUUAAGUUGUUAUGUUUAUAUAUGUAAUAAUAAUAAAAAUAAUUCGAAUCUUUUAUAUUUUAUAAGUAAAUAUAAUAUUCAUCAAUACUUUUUUUCAAAUGAAAUUGUCAAUAAAGAUCCUAAACAUAAUUAUUAUAAGUAUAAUAAUGUUGAAAAUUUAGAGAACCCUCCUAAGCAAAAUGAUUAUAAUUGCAUGUACACAAAUGAUAUAAUAACUUUUAAGUGUGCUUCACAUGACGAUCAAAAAGGGUAUAGUAACAAAAGGGGUAAUAAAUUAAAAAAUAAGGGAAAUAAAGUAUGGAAUAAUGAAAUAUAUUAUCAUACUAGAUGCCAAAGCAAUUGUAGUCGUAGUAGUAGAAAAGAACGUAGCAGCAAUAGCACAAAUAGUAAUAGAUACGAAGGUUUUUAUGGUGAUAAAACAAAAGGAAAUAUAAAUGAAGAUAAUGUAUGUAUAUUAUACAAUUCAAAUAAUAAACGAAAUAGUUCAAAUUGUGGAAAAUACACAGACAAUUAUUUGUAUGUAUCUACGUCUGCAAAAAAAGACGGUUCUUGUGAUCAAACUAAAUUAUUGGCACCGAAAAAAGAAACAAACAGUUUAGGAGUAGAAUAUAAUGAUAUGAUAUCUUCAAUUAAUAAUUGUUCUAACAAAUUAAAUGGUAAAAGAGAUGAAGAAAUUCAAUGUGUACAAAUUUAUUUAGAUGAUAAGAUAAGGUGUGUAGAAAUGAAGAAUGAAAAAAAUAAUAUUGAUGAAUAUUGCAUAGAAAAUAAUGAAAAGAAAUUAUUACCUGACUAUGUAAGGCAAAAUGGAGAAUUUGAAACACCUAAAAGAGAAGAAAUACAUCAUAAAGGAAAUGAAAAUGGUAUAUUUAAUAAUAAACAAAUUAUUGAUAUUAAAAAUACAAAAUAUAUAAAUGAUUAUAGAAAUUGUAGUAAAAAUAAUUUGGAUAAUCAUUAUAAUGUUUAUAGCGCAUAUGCAAAUAGUAAUGGUUCAUAUGAUAAUAGUAACAAAAAUAAUUAUUCAAGUGAAAAUAAUAAAAUUCGUAGUAGUUGUAGUAGUAGCAUUGAUGAAAAAUAUCAAAGUAAUGAUUGUAGUAACACAAAUAGUGAUAAAAUAGUGAGUGAAAAUAGUAGUCAAUGUAAUAUUAGUAGGAUUAAUAAAAAAAUAAAUUUAAAUGUAACAAAAAUAAAUAGUAUAAAUUUUUUAGACAGAUCUAUUUAUCCUAUAAAAUUAAAUAUUACUUAUAAUUUACAAAUAAAUGAUUUAUUUAUUAGUGAUACAAAAGUUUCAAAUUGUGUAGAACAUUGUAAGGGAGAUAAAACAUUAGAACUUGAAUUAAUCAAACAAAAAUUAAUAAGUGGAAAUACAAAAUAUGCAAUAAAAUUAAUAAAAAUGUUUAAUUAUGAAUUAUUACAAUUUCCAAAUUUAUUUUUUUACUUAAAUUAUAAAUCUUAUAAUUAUUUAUUAAACAAUUUUGAUAAAAAAUAUAUUAUUUAUUAUCUUUUUGAUAAUCCCAAAUAUUUAAAAAUGUAUUUUUAUUCAUUAUUAAAAAAAAAAAAAUUAGAACAUUGUUUAAUAGCUUUAUAUUUUUUAUACCCAAAUUAUAUAUCAUUUGAUGAUCCAUAUUUUCAAAUGUUUUAUUUUUUAUAUUUUAAAAACCAGAAAGGUGAAAAAGGAAGUUAUGCUAAUUAUUUGGAUUAUAAUAUUUCUAAUAAUGACAAAAUGUUUAUGUAUGAUCACCAAAAUAAAAGAGGACAUGAUAACGAUUAUAAAAUUGUGAAUAAAAAAUAUUUGACAACAAGCAACAUGUGUAAUCAUAUUAUUAAUUGUAACAACAUUUCAAAUUGUGAAAAUGAUUUUAGUAUUGGUACUAUGCGAGGUGUAAAUGGUGGAGCCUGGAGUUACAAUAAUAUAUAUUAUUUUUUAAAAAAGGAAUGUGUAAUAAUAAAUGAAUCAGAUAUUAUGUUAAAGAAUGAAGAAAUUAUGUCAGAGGAAAGUAUAACAAGAAGAAUAUAUAAAAUAUCCGAUGUUUUUAAAUAUUUAGAUGUAUUUGAAAAGUUUAAAAAGAUUAAUUCUGAAAUUGUUAAGAACUCCUUUGAUUAUUUAGUUAAAAGGAAUGGAACAUGUUCAUGUAAUAAAAAUUAUAUUUGUAUUAAUGAUUUAGGGUCAUCUUUAAAAGAGAUAAUUAUAAUUGAAUGUUUCCAUGAUUUUUUAACUUUAUAUGAAUAUAUAAAAAAAAAUGAAAAAAUAAUAUUUGUUGAUGCAGAAUGGAAAUGUGCAGUAUUUAGAGAAAAUCCGAUUAUAUCUAUUUUUCAAAUUGCUUUGAAAAAUUCAAAAUUAUCAUAUAUAAUAGAUGUAAAAAAAAUAACAAUGGAAAAUUAUGAAAUUAAUUAUUAUAUAUCAGAACUUUUUAGGGAUGAAAAUAUUAUAAAAAUAGGAGUAGCAUUUAUAAAUAAUGAUAUGCUACAAUUUAAAAAAUUUUAUGAUGUAUUAAAUAUGUUACAAUGUGAAAAAUAUAGCAACAUACUAUUGAAAGAAAGUAGUAAAGACAAAAAUGUAAGUCAAGAAAAUGAAAAGAAAUAUAAAUACAACAUGAAUAAUGAUGAUUUAUUGAAAAAAAUUAUGAGAAAUUUUUUUAGAAUGGAUAAAAAUUACAGAAAUGGUUGUAAUGCUAACUAUUUUAAUAAUUAUAAUAAUGGAAAUAAAUAUUAUAGUUUUAUAAAAAAAAAAGAAUAUGAUCAAAAGAAAAGUGUUUACAGUUUAAAUGAUGAUAUAAGUUAUAAAAAUAUAUAUCCAGCUAAUUACUUUUUAAAAUAUAAAAAAAAUAAAACACUAAUUGAUAAGCAUUUAAAUACAAAAUGUGGGGUAUGUAAUAAAACAGGUAUUUAUAGUUGUAUACAUAAAUAUUAUGAUUUAAAAAAUAUAUAUAAUAAAUAUUAUGAACAUUUAAAAAAUAGUUUUCCAUGUCUUAAAAAGAAUACCAGUCUUUCAGUUAAACUAUUUGGUAAAGCAUUAUUUCCAGACAAAGAAGUAAAUAAAGAAUAUCAAAUAAUUAAUUGGAAUUUUAGACCGUUAUCAUUUAAAAGUUUAGAGUAUGCAGUUCUCGAUGUUCUUAUUUUGAAAAAAUUUUAUAUUUUAAUCCAAUCAAAAUUACCAUUUAAUAUUGAAAACGAUUUAUAA